AUGAUUGAAGAAGCGUUGUCCCAUAAACAGUCCCAGGAUGAGAGACAACAAAUCUUAUCAAUGAAAAGAUCGAUAGAUUCACCGUUUACUAACAGGAUAAAGCAGUUUCGACCACCUCUAAAUUUCAUCCUGCCUCAAUUUAAAGAAUUCUUCGACGGGAGGAAUGGCGAUCCAGUGGAACACGUCCAACAUUUUCAAGCUUCGAUGAGUCUAUGGGGAUUCAGUGACGAGUUACUUUGCAGAACCUUUCCGAUGACUUUGAAUGAUGCUGGUGAAAGUAUUAUUGAUAUUACAAGGAGGUUUCGCCAGGAAGUUAGUGAAGUUGGAAAAGUUGAUCCUGGACUCGUAAUAAAAGCGUACAAGAAUGCAUUAGAUUAUGACGAGUUUGGAAUUUACAAUUCUCUAACAGUUCAUCCGGUCGUAACCCUCAAAGAAUUGUACGACCGAGCCGAUAGGUAUGGUAGAGAUCAGAAAGAAAAGAAAGAAAAGUUGUCACGUGCAAAAGGCCCAGAGGUCGAAGGACACGUCAAACAAAAACAACAUUUAGAGGUCGGUUCGAAAAAGAAAAAUCUUGAUAACACCCGAAGUAGAACCGGAAACGGAGAAGAAUCAAGAAGAGAUCAAGGUAAAGAGAAAGAGAAAUUUACAAGUAUAAACAUUGGGCUGGGAGAACUCUUCAAAAAGGUCAAAGAUUCUCUUCCUGUUCCAAAGCCAAUGUCAGAAGAAACGAAAGAUAAAAGAGAUAGAGGUAAAUAUUGUGCGUAUCAUCGAGAUCAUGGACAUAACACCGAAUCUUGUCGAAUUCUAGUGACGGAAGUUCAGAAAAUGGUUGGUGAAGGCAACGGUGGAGAUUCAAUCAUCGGAGUGUCUUUGCAGGUACCCCCUCAUCUUUCAUCUACAAUUCUGGAGAAGUAA